AACGAACGUGGGUACAGUAAUUCCUUUCUCACAGGAACACCAAGGAUCUUUCUCUGACUCUCUAUCUAAUACUGCUCUAUACCUACUUUCAUACAUGUGUGGUUUGCUGCCACAAGAGCGCUCACGCGGGGAGAACCAGGGGCCGAAAAGGAAACCAAUCAGUAUUUGUUUGGGGGAACACCUUGUUCCACCCCAUUCAUAUUUCAAAAGGAGGUUGCUCCGUGAAUGUACGCAUUUCACCCCUCGCUUUUCUCACUCUACCUUUUCAUCGCCAAGUUUGGUCGAUUUGCUUGUUUUCUUUGUGCCUACAAACCUCGUAAUCUCCAUGAAUGCGUUCGUUUUUCCCGGUUACUAGUGAACACGUUCCAAUAUCCAAUAGUGGGACAAAGAUUGGGCCAGAUUUUGUGUGCUGGGCAAUCGAAUCAUAUCAUCAAGCAGGUGUUUACUCUCGUGGGCUGUGUUUGGACAGGUUUCAUGUGGUUUCAUUUGUGGUUCAUCAAGCUCCACCAAGGAUUGGUCUAUGUAUAUCCUAAUGAUCUUCCAAGAUUGGAGUGGCUUUCGUACCUGCACUUGACUUUCGACACGAUGAAUUCUUGAUUUUGCUUGUGUCUUCACAAUUCCUAUAUCGAUUGUGAACGCUUGUGAAGAGGCCAUGAAGUCUGUAGCUAAAGGUAAAAAAGUGUCGUUCUCAGACGAAUCGAGUUCCAAUGUUCCAACUUCCGGGGAUUUUGCCAAGCAAGUCCAAGACCGGCUUCUAGGGGAUCCCCAAAAAUCAACAUUUGAGAAGAAAUAUUUCCAAAACAUGUUGGCUAGAAUCCAAUCGAAGACAAACUCGUCCAAGAUCCCCAGGAGAGUCAAAGUAGACCAAGAGACAAAGCAUAUGAACAAGUUCGUGAACGAUGUUCUCAAUCGAACUUAUCCUUUUACGAGUGCGAAUAGUGGGACCAGCAAGUCCAAAAUUUCCCUAUUGGAUCGACGAAAAUCUCGAGCAGUUUCUCCUUUGGGAAACCCGCAUCAAUUGCGUCGGAGUUUCUCACACAAUGCAAUCCCGGACGAGGAUCCACUGAAAGUGAUUGGAACGAAGUCCUUCAUCAGUUCACGAUCAUGUUCCAGACCAGGUACACCCGAAAAUCGAACUUCGAGGAGUCGUGAAAUUCUUCAAAGGUUGCAGUCAAAGCUAGAAGAAACGAGAAGUGCCAUUAGAAGAAUCCCUGCCUUAAGAAAAAUGCCUAUGACCCAAAGCCUUGAUGAAAUUGGGAAUCUGGUGCUUGAAUUGGACAACAACUUGGACUUUGUACCGGGUGAUCUUCAGUCUCGAAUUACUGGUAGUGGUACUAACCAAAGUUCCCCAUUACUGGGCAUUCACGACCUUGGUGGGGACAUCUCAAUUGACUUUGACGCCAAACUGGGAGCAGGGACAUUCUCCAAGGUGUACUCGGCGGAUCUUCUUGGAUCUCGAGUGGCGGUCAAGAUUUUCAAUGAAAGUCAAGAAUCGAUUGAUGUGGUACAAGCUGCAUUUGACAACGAGCUAUCCAUGUUGGGUCAAGUGAGACAUCCCAAUAUCAUUCAAAUGUUAGGCUAUUGCGAGCCAAUGGCCAUUGUCUUGGAGUUUAUGGCGGGUGGAACGCUCCAAAGUCAUAUCCAAAGGCACAACUACCAAUGGAGCAAAGGCGAGUUCUUCUCGUUUGGCAAGCAGAUCCUGUUGGCAUUACUCUACCUUCACCAUCUUCCCAAUCCCAUCGUUCACAUGGACGUAAAAUCAAGUAAUCUCCUACUCGACUCGACUUGUCAGAAGUUGAAAUUAAGUGACUUUGGCUUUGCAAAGUCCUUGAGUCAUGUUAAUGGAACCAUUUCUUUGAGUGCUGUGAAAGGAACGCCGGCUUGGAUGUCUCCAGAAGUUCUCAAUCGACAGGCUGUGUGCACCAAGUCGGAUAUCUACAGCUAUGGCCUAGUUUUACUGGAGAUCAUUACGCGAAAAAAACCGUAUGAGGGCCUGACCCUGCAGGAGGUGUGCGAGGCCGUAUUAAGCGGGAAACACCCCGAUGUAGAUCCCGAGGUCGAUUCCAAGGUACCUGGGAUCUCGCCCAUGGUUCAGUUGUGUUGGAGCUCCAACCGUGAUUUGAGACCCAACACUCGACAACUGUUCAACGAUUUCUUAGAUCUCGAGACGAAAGUGAACACUCAGUUGACCUGCCCAAGAGUUCCCUCACCUCCACCCAUGCCACCCACGCCCCAUGAAAAGCCUCAACAGCCUCAAAUGAUGGUCCAUGAGAGUCCUGAGGGCAGUCCAGAAAAGACGUUGACGCCAACGAGAACCUUUGUGAGGUCAUUUAGUGUGACCAAUGAGGAGUUGAUCAGGCAAAGGUGUAGCUUGAGAAGAACUCCGUCUCUCCCGCAUAAUGAUCUAUUGACCGAGGGCAAAGAUCUAGGCUCUGUAAUGAAGCAUGCUAUGAUCAAGAGGCGUGACCUAUUUGAGAAUGAUUCCUCAAGUAUGGAUGACGUUAGCCACAGUGAUUCACCUUGGCCUUUAGAGAAUUGAAUUGAACACUUACUAGUAUUUAUUUCGUAUUUGUCAGUCACUCAUUAUUGCUUACAACUGGAACACAAAAGAUUCCAUUGGCGAAAGCGUGAUACUUUGGAGACUAACAAUGGAUCUGGAAAGAAGAAGAUAAGCGAUAUAUAACAACA